CGCUUGGAGGCAGUGCAUGACAAAAAGUGACUUAACUGUUCUGUGGAAAGCAGCGGGGGAGUGUGUGAAGCUGCAUUCAGGGUCGCCUUCUCCAACUUUUCCAUGGACAACGAGGUGCGCUCCAGCUUCAUCCAGCGGCGGCUGCGGAGCCAGGAGCGCAGGGACAUGCAGCGGGAGAUUCUCUCCAUCCUGGGGCUACCGCAACGUCCGCGGCCGCACUUCCACACCAAACACAACGCUGCCCCGAUGUUCAUGCUGGACCUGUACAACACUAUCUCCACGGACACAGGGCCACAGGGAUAUUCUUAUUACAAGCCCGUUUUACCGACCCAGGCCUCCCCCAUGGUGACCCCUCAAGACAGCCGCUUCCUAGAUGACGCAGAUAUGGUGAUGAGCUUUGUCAACCUCGUUGAUCAGGAUCAGGAUCUUCUCUACCAGCAGCACCGAAGGGAAUUUCGUUUUGACCUUUCACGUAUUCCAGAGGGAGAGGCCGUCACCGCAGCAGAGUUCAGGAUUUACACGGAUUUCAUCCAGGAACGCUACGAGAAUGAGACAUUCAGAGUCAGCGUCUACCAGGUCCUGCAGGAGCCUCCAAAUAGUGAAGUGGAGCUGUUGCUGCUGGACCAGCGAGAGGUUUGGGCUGCAGAGGAGGGCUGGCUGGUUUUUGACCUGACCACCACCAGUAACCUCUGGCUGGUCAACCCCGAGCAGAACCUUGGACUGCACCUGGUCUUGGAGGACAGCCACGGACAGAGGAGGAAUCCCCGACUGGCGGGGCUGGUGACGGGGAGUGGGCCCCAGGACAAACAGCCCUUCAUGGUUGUCUUCUUCAAAGCCAGUGAGGUGCAUUUCCGCAGCAUCCGCUCUGCCCAUGGCCACAAAGGUCGCCAGUCUAAUCGCUCCAAACCUCAGAGGACUGUUCAGGAUACACUAAAGGCAGUGGAGGCUGCAACAGAUAACCUUGGCAUGUCUAAAGAGGGAUGUAAAAAACAUGAGCUCUAUGUCAGUUUCAGAGAUUUGGGAUGGCAGGACUGGAUCAUAGCACCAGAGGGGUACGCAGCAUACUACUGUGAAGGGGAAUGUGCUUUCCCUCUCAACUCCUACAUGAAUGCCACUAAUCACGCUAUUGUGCAAACUCUGGUACACUUUAUCAACCCGGAGACGGUGCCCAAGCCCUGCUGUGCCCCAACGCAGCUCCAUGGCAUCUCGGUGCUCUACUUCGACGACAGCUCCAACGUCAUUCUCAAGAAGUACCGUAACAUGGUGGUCAGGGCCUGCGGCUGUCACUGA